UUGAUGGAAAUGUCUUUCAAGAGCAUUGUUCGUAAGCUGAGGGAGAUGAAAGACGGGAAGGGUGCAGAAAGAAAGCAUCAGAGGAACAGAACCCGGUCCCAAAUUGUCCCUCAUGUAGCCCUUUCCGAUGCCAUUGAACAAGGGCAGUGGGCUAACUUACCGCCAAAAGUGCUUUUGGAUAUCAUCUGCAGGGUUGAAGAGAGUGAGGCAUCAUGGCCUGCUCGUUCUGUGAUGGUCUCUUGUGCAUCUGUUUGCAAGUCAUGGAGGAAAAUUACCAAGGAGAUUAUUAAGACUCCUGAGGAAUGUGGUAAGCCUACCUUUCCCAUUUCACUCAAGCAGCCGGGUCCCCGUGAAUCCCCAAUCCAGUGCUUUAUCAAACGGGACAAAACUAAGUCAGUUUAUCGCCUCUACUUUGGCAUGACUCCAUCUGAGGAUGAAAGGGAUAAACUAUUGUUGGCCGCCAAAAGGAUCAGAAGGGCAACAAGCACAGACUUUGUGAUAUCAUUGGUUGCAGAUGAUUUUUCUCGAGCUAGCAAUACAUAUGUGGGGAAACUAAGACAAGUUUUUCUUGGGACCAAAUUUUCCAUAUAUGAUAGCCAACCUCCAGGUGAUGCAGCCAUUCAACAACCUGGUCCAGUAGCUACCAUUUCCUAUGAACUCAAUGUUAGCCGUGUAAGAGGACCUAGGAGAUUUCGUUGUGCCAUGCACUCUAUUCCUUUGUCUUCAAUACAGGAGGGAGGCAGUGCUCCAACACCUAAAUCAUUCCCACAAUUGUUUGAUGACAAGUCAUUUUCUGCACCACUCUCAAAAGCAAAGGACUCAGCUAUAGAUAUCAGCUCGUCUGGCUUUUCAAAGUCGGCAAUGAUGGUGACUUCUCAAGAGCCGCUUGUGCUAAAAAACAAGGCUCCUAGGUGGCAUGAACAAUUGCAGUGCUGGUGUUUAAAUUUUGAAGGUCGGGUUACAAUGGCUUCUGUGAAAAAUUUUCAGCUACUGGCAGAAGUUGAUCCUUCUCACAAUGUACCAGACCCAAAACAAGAAAAAAUAAUUCUACAGUUUGGCAGAAUUGGAAAAGACACGUUCACCAUGGACUACCGCUACCCACUCUCUGCUUUACAAGCUUUUGCAAUCUGCUUGAGCAGCUUUGACACGAAACCGGCCUGUGAAUGAUUUCAUGCAGAUUGCAAAUCACGAUAAACUCCCUUUCUUCUUUUUGGUUGCUUCAUAAUGUUUUAAAUUCGUGUUCAUUCUCAGUUUCACUCUCUCCUUGAAGUAAAUUCAUCAUUUAGCAAUUAAAUUUAACACUUAUAUUUAGAAAGGAAAUUUCUUUGAUCUAUAGACCCAGUCUCAUGCGAAGAAGUUGAUUUUUGACUCA